AUGGGGACCUGCGUGCGUGAUGUGACCAGGCUGGCCGUCCACGCCGGCGAGAGAGGACGGGCCUCCAAGGGGAAGGGCUCCGACGUCCCAGGGCCAACGCUCGCCAGCGUCACCAGUCACACCCGAGGUCCCCAGGGCCCGCGCCCACCCGGCACUUUGUCUAUCACCCACUGGGGGCUCGGCAGGCACGAGCGCCCUGCUCCUCGGAGAAGCAGGUGGGCUGGAGGGACCCCGGCCACCUUCCUCCAGGCCGGUGCCCUCCCGGGGGAGGCCGCGAGGCCCGGCCAGGGCACCCCCCGAGCCUCCCAGGCCUUUGGUGGCAGAGAAAAGGCAGCCAUUCUCGCGAGCGAGGGCGGGGUGCCUCCGCCCUCCCGGACCCAGGCUGGGAAAGGAACCCGGACAGCUGAGAAAGAAGGGCUACGGCCCAACUUGCAAGGACACCUGCUGCAGGAGCCCCCGCGGCCACGUGUCACCUGCAGCCUGUGCGCUCCGUCCUGGGCAACAGCCGAAGAGCGCGCUCAGAGCCUCCAGGACAGGCGCGGGGACCCCAACCAGGCCCCCAGCCACAGAACUGCUGAGAGCAAUAAGUCUUCAGGAAAUGCCAAAAUCGGGCACCGUGCCCCCCAGUUCAAAGCAACUGCUGUAAUGCCAGAUGGUCAGUUCAAAGAUACCAGCCUAUCUGACUACAAAGGAAAAUAUGUUGUGUUCUUCUUUUACCCUCUUGACUUCACCUUUGUGUGCCCCACGGAGAUCACUGCUUUCAGUGAUGGGGCAGAGGAACUUAAGAAACUCAACUGCCAAGUGAUUGGUGCUUCUGUGGAUUCUCACUUCUGUCACCUGGCAUGGAUCAACACACCCAAGAAACAAGGAGGACUGGGACCCAAGAACAUUCCGUUGAUAUCAGACCCCAAGUGCACCAUUGCUCAGGACCAUGGGGUCUUAAAGGCCAAUGAAGGCAUCUCAUUCAGGGGCCUUUUUAUUAUUGAUGAUAAAGGUAUCCUUCGACAGAUCACCAUAAAUGACCUUCCUGUUGGCCAUUCUGUGGAUGAGACGCUGCGACUAGUUCAGGCCUUCCAGUCUACUGACAAACAUGGGCAAGUGUGCCCAGCUGGCUGGAAUCCUGGCAGCGAUACCAUCAAGCCUGAUGUCCAGAAGAGCCAAGAAUGUUUCUCUAAGCAGAAGUGA